AAAAUUUUGUCCCUCUUUUUACUUCCAAAAUGUUGUGAGGUAUGCCAGUGGGAUUGGGAUCAUGUGACAGUUGCAGGAGGAGAGACUCUUGGUCAGUUAUUAGAGACUCUCUGAAGCAGAAAAUGGCGGUGCCUGAGUUUUAUGAGGUAAUUCAGUAGUGAGGGGGAGCAGCCGGAGCUUUUAUUGAAAUAGUAAAAGACAUGAAGGGCGAGACAGGGGGUCGCUGUCAGUUGCCUCCAGUACGUGUGUCCUACCCCAGUCACACAUUCACACCGUAUCCCAGUCACACAGCCCAUAUCCGAGCCUAAUAUUCCUACAGGCAAAUUACACCGCGUUUUUCCCUUUCCCAGUGUCACACAAAUUGCGUCGUCUCUAGUCCCGCCCCUUUGUUUCCCUCCAUAAACACAACCGAAAGCACAAGCCGCAAGAACGCAAUUCACGCCUAAUCCGGCGGGCCAGAGACUAUCACCGCCUCGGUGCCCCAUGGGAAUUGUAGUUUUUUACCAGGUUCUUGUCCGUCUAAUGUGAAGCGCUUUGAACUUCAAUUCCCGACAAGCAGUGGGCCGUCCGCUGCCCACGUAACGCGCUGGCCGACGGGAGAUGUAGUUUCGCUAGUGGCGGUAUCGCUUUGACUUUCUGGAAUUCGGCGACGCUUGGGAACUACGUUUCCCGGCGUGACUCGCCGCUGUGUUUUGCACCGGGCUCUUUCUCGGCGGCUGCGGAAGGAGCGAAAGAUGGCGGCUUCGGCGGGGGCCAAUGGGCCGGGCUCGGCCUCGUCCUCCAACCCGCGCAAAUUCAGCGAAAAGAUCGCCCUGCAGCGCCAGAGACAAGCGGAGGAGACUGCGGCCUUCGAAGAGGUCAUGAUGGACAUCGGCUCCACCCGGUUGCAGGUGCAGAAGGUGAGGAUGGGGCACAUGAGGGGUCCUUACUAUGGAGGGUCCCUUCCCAACGUCAACCAGAUUGGCAGCGGCAGUUCUGAGUUUCAGGGCCCCCCGCAUUCACCCCUGGAAUCAUCUCGUAACACCCGCCACCACGGUCUUGUGGAGAGAGUUCAGAGAGACCCCCGGAGGAUGAUGUCACCCCUGCGUCGACCCCUGCACCAAUUAGACAGCUCUCCGUACAACACGUCCUACCUCUCACCACAGCAGGAGCCCAGCUGGAGAAGGAACAUGCCCUGGGGAAACUACCCCUCGGACACAGGACAGCUCUUUAGGUUGCCGACCGCUCUGAACAGAACAAACUCGGACUCAGCUCUCCAUACCAGUGUGAUGAAUCCCAGCUCACAGGAUCCAUACGCUGCUGCCACACAGGGUGUAACUCUACCCAACAGGAGAACCGCUUUUUCCUUCCCGGCACCAGCUAUAGAGGAAGACCUCCAUAUGGAUAGCAGCCACUUGCUCAAACCAUGUGAUGCUAAAAGGAUGCUCAUGUCAUCCUCUCGGCCCAAAUCAUGUGAAGUGCCAGGCAUUAACAUUUGUCCAUCUGUGGACGAACCUACAAGUAUCCCUCCAGUGGCCUCCGUCCUUAAUUCUGGGGGCUCGCUGCCGGACCUCACUAAUCUGCACCUGCCUUCUCCUCUCCCCACCCCACUGGAUAUGGAUGAGUCAGGAUUUAGCAGUUUUAGUGGGGGCGGCAGCACUGGGAAUUUGGCAAACACCAUGACCCAUUUGGGGAUCAGCAGGAUUGGGAUGCCCCCAGACUAUGAAAUUCCAGGUUUCUCCCUAUCGUCGGCGCAGAACUCACUGAGUCGGUCGUCUCUUCAGUCGUCACUGAGCAACCCAAAUCUUCAGGCCUCCCUUAGCAACCCAAAUCUUCAGGCCUCCCUUAGCAACCCCUCUCUGCAGACCUCCUAUAGCAACCCCUCCCUGCAGUCCUCUCUGAGCAGCCAAUCUCUCACUUCUUCCCUCAGCAACAGCAACCAAAGCCUUCCCUCUGCAUACAGCACCCCUUCCUCCCCAUCUUCCUCGUUCCCUCCUCCUGUGCCGGCCCCCAUGAACACAUCGCCUCGUCGCAGAGUCCCACUGAGCCCUCUCACUCUCCCUCUUGGGGGAGACUCUAGAAGACCCCACCAAAAACAGUUCUCCCCUACAAUGUCUCCUACAUUGAGUUCCAUUACCCAGGGAGUCCCUUUGGAUACAAGCAAAUUUCCUGGUGACCAGAGGCUGCCUCCUUACCACUAUAGUCAUACCAGUCUACUCCAUCCAUCUCAACAGCCUCUGCAUCAGUCCCAGCAGCCUUUGCACCAGCAACUUCAGCCGCCAUCACAGCAGCCUUUUGUUCAACCCCAGCAGCACUUGCACCGCUCCCAACAGCCAUCGCAUCAACCUCAGCAGUCAUCGCAUCAGUCCCAGCAGCCUCUGCAUCAAAGUCAGCAAGCACUGCAUCUGUCCCAGCAGUCUUUGCACCAGCCUCAGCAGCCAUUGCACGAAACUCAGCAAUUGUUGCACCAGUCCCAGCAGCCUUUGCAUCAAUCCCCACACAAUUUACAAAAGUCUGAGCAGCCUAUGCACCGGUCACAGCAGACUCGGCUCCAUUCUCAAUCAUCUGGGAACCAGUCCCAGCAGCCGGUUCAUCAGUCACAGCCAAAAGGGAACCAAUCUCAUCAAUCUCAGAAUCAGUCCCAUGAACCUAUGAAUCCUUCCCAGCGACUUUUGCCACAUUCUCAAGUACCUAUGAAUCAGUCUCAACAACAGCGUGUGAACCAGUCCCAGGCAACAUCAAACCUAUCCCAGCAGCCAUCCCAGUCUCACCAGUCCUCCCAACACAGUCAGCAGCCUCUACUGCAGUAUACCCAGAAGCCUUUGCAACAAGCUCUACCAGGUUCUCAACAAGUUUAUUCUGCAUCUCCGCACUUUCUAGCAUCAUACCAGCAGAAUUCAGGGGGUCAGUCUUACCAGCAACUGUUUGAACAUUACAGCUUGGAGAAUUUUGAACAGUUCAACAUGGUGGAAGGUCACAGUGGGUGUUUUGGGGUGAGCAGUGGAUUAUUCUCUGGAGAGCAGCAGCAGCAGCAGCACGGUGGGACUCUGAAUGGCACCCAGUCUCUAAACAAACACAACCUGAACAACUGCAGUCGACAUGAACCCAUCCCAGAUAUCAUUCUCACAGCUGUGGACUCCCCACCAGGUUUCUCAAAGGAAAUCACAUCUGCCUUGUCCUGCGUCCCAGGGUUUGAAGUUGACCAGUCCCUGGGAUUAGAGGAAGACCUUAAUAUAGAACCACUCACCUUGGAUGGACUCAACAUGCUGAGUGACCCAUAUGCCCUCCUUACAGACCCUAUGGUGGAGGAUUCUUUUCGCUCUGAUCGGUUACAAUGAAGGGAGCUGGUUGGCUCUGGCAGAGCUUCUCCCCGCUGCACCCAGUUUGCCCAAAGGUUCUCAGGGGAUCCCAUCUCCAGCAUGAAAAUCCAAACAACCAAAGAAAAGCUCAGCUCUAUGUACAGAAAACCAUAUACUACUAUAUUUAAUAGGCCAGUGCUUUUGCCAUAUAAGGGCUGUGCAUCACAGAGCUAAGAUUGUUCUGAUAGAUCUGCUGCUGUGCUGGACACAGAUAAUUCCUCACCAGCAGAUGAAUUCUCUUAGGGAUCGUCUGGAUUUAUUCUGACUUCCUAACACUCUUGUUUGUUCAGAUGGAGUAUUCCAAACCAGUGCAUUGAUUAUGUGGAGAAUAUAAUAUAUAGAGUGAGACAGAGAAUCCUAUACAGCAGGGGAAACAAAACCCAAAGUGAAGAUGCCAAGGGAAGAUUUAUUCCAUGUUAGCUGAGUGAUCUGAGGUCCGGCUUCCCUACAGUCUUCAGAAAAGUACCCAAUCAGAAGAUUCAAUUGAAAGUGAAGGCCUUAAAGGAGAACCAAACCAUUGAUUAUAAAAUCCCCUACCCUACAUAGACCCCCCUCCCUGUCCCCCCCCCCCCAGCCUAGCUGUUCCCUUCAGUAAAUGCCCCUAACUCUUUACUUACCUCUCUUUCCAGAUUCAGUGCAGCGGAGCUCACUGGCACCAUCUUCUUCUCCAUUGUCUUCUUCGGGAAGUAAGUGCCGUAUCGACACAUGCGCAGUUGGAGCAGUUGUGCUUGCGCUGAAAUUUACAGAAAUUGCCGAAUCGCCGGAAGAAGACCCGAAGAUUAUCGAAGAGCUGGAAGAUGGCGCCAGUGAGCUCUGCUGCGCUGAAUCUGCAAAGAGAGGUAAGUAAAGAGUUAGGGGCAUUUACCGAAGGGCUAGACUAGGGGGGAGCAGGGAGGGGGUCUGUGUAGGGUAGGGGUUUUUAUAAUUAAAGGUUUUGUUCUCCUUUAAGGGGUAGGCUUAUCAUGAUGGGAAGAUUCAAUCUGGCACAUUAUUAUCCAUCUAUGAAGUGAUGCAGGUCCAGCAUCCUGACUAAAGCAACGUUGCUUCUCUCAUGAUCCAUCAGACAUACCUGCUUCCUACCCUCCAGACCAACACUAUAUACCCAUAAAACUAUGGGGACCCCUGCCUGUCCAACACCUCAUUCUGAACCCAAGGGUGGUAACAUGAAGUUGGUCCUCUCUUUGUCUCUUCUGGGAAGGUUCCCACUAGUUGUAGGACUCUGCAAGCCAGUCAGAUUCUUCAUGAAGCUACCUUAGUAUGGGCCUUGUAAAGAGCCUUCAACAAAGUAGGCAUUUUAUUGUGAGCUGUAGUUUUACUGGAACCAGAUGCUCAGACCAUGAAAACAGCCGCAUGCCAUGAUUCCGCCUUCAUUAAAUAUGACAGUUGGCAUUUUGUGUCCACCUGGCAUUGAGAGAGAGAGAUACAUUGCCCACUCCAGCUGAAGCUUGACAUCUACAUGGUAAUGUUCGGCAUGUUUGUGCCACGAAAGACCCUUUUUUGGAAUUCAGAAGUGAGAAUGGUUGAUUUUGAGAAGUCCAGAUAUUGUAUAUAAUGAGACUUGAUAUCCGUCAGACCUAUCCAAAGAAUGGCUUCCUAUUCACGGCACCUAUGCAGAUCGGAGCUUCUACCCAUCGCCAGAAGCAAAUGUCUCAGAUCUAUCCAGUCUACCCAAGUUAUAUUUCCUUUCCACACGGUCCAUUUCCUAACGUUUAGACCUAUUAAAAACCCACUUCCUACACCUUUUCUUAGGUUCUUCCGACCCAGCAGACCUUCCAAAUGUCCUGUCCAUAACAGUUAUUCAGAACCUAAUUUCUAACCAACUGAUUUAGUCCAUUGCUAAGGUUAUCGUAAACCCACACCAACUUCCUUACCAGCACUUAACCUAAGCAAGGGCUCAAGUUUCCUGACUAGCACUUAAUCCAAGGCAACCCCCCAACCUUUAUAGUCAAGAUCUUUAUAGAUCUUUUAUUCUCUUUCCUGAAAGCAGAUCACCUGGAAGUGCACUUACCCAAAAAAACCCGUCCUCAUUGGUGGAAUUUCCCCCCGGGUAAACUCACAACCAGCAGAAUGAUCUGCCCACCUCUGUAGACUAACCCAACUAUUAACCCAACCCAACUGCUUACCCAACCCAACUGCUUACCCAACCCAACUACUAACCCAACCCAACUACUAAAACAACCCAACUACUAACACAACUGAAUAAACCCAGUUGUAAGUGGACCUUCCAACCAGUAGGAUCACAAAGACCACCUUGCGGCCACAUAUAAACACAGAGGCUUCUGAUUGGUGAGAUGACUCGAUUGCCCCUACCCCAUUCGCCUUUCUUGUGCGAUCAGUCAAACCUGAUAGACUCUAAUGCAAACUGUAAAAUAUUUUAUUUUUUUAGAAAAAGAGUAUUGUGAACUAUUUUGAAGGAUUUUAUGUAUUUGUAUUGUUUUCAUGAUCUUUGUAAUGCGCCUUUAUGUGAAAGCCAGAGGGAACGCUUGGGCACCUUUCCCAUCAUGCUUUUGUCUUGCAUUAGGCAAAUACUGAAACUAUGAAGAGCUCCCCCCAUGAGAGUAAAGUCAGGGCUCCAGCCCCCCCCCCAUAUUCUAACAGCACUUAUUGUAUACUGUGGAGCUUACAGUUUGUUACACCAGCCAAUCAGGUCAGUGACCUUUCCCCAUGGCAUGGAGAGCUCUGAUUGGCUGAGGAAUCGUUUACUUGUCACUUUUUAAACGCUGGUUCAUUUCCCCCUCAAAUCAGUCUCAGAUUUGGGGUGUCACACAUGAUGGCAGCAGCAGCCGGAAUAAAAGGUGAUACCUGCAGUUUAUUGGUAGAGAGUCUGUAUGAAGGGGAAGGGAUCUUCAUUUCUGCCCCAUGUUUUUGUAUAGGAUAUAACCAAAUCAGGUGAGGAACCCGCUACUCAUGUGUAUGUGUUACAUGGUAUAAAUGAAUGAUGUCACAGAUCUGAUGUCAUCACUAAUUCACUGCUGGGCUGGAGUUCAGUGGUUAACCCUUGGUGUCCCCUCCUCUCCCCCGCAGCUGUCACUGGCAUGUCGGCACAUGGGGAGAGCGAUGGGGUUUUUUUUUAAUAUAAAUAAAUAUGAAAUGCUGUAGAAAUGUA